AUGGAAGCCAACUGUUAUCCUCUCGCCGAUGUCCUGGCCAUUGCCAGCGUUCAUCCCUUCUACUCCGACGCUGUCUAUCCUCCUACUCGGGAAGCAUUGCCCUCCGUUCUCGCCAAGGCACGGGAAUCAGGCAAUGACGAAUUGUUAUCUUUCCCUCUGACCCACAAAGAGAAAUUAUAUUCACAAAUCGCCCGCCUCACCCUCGACAAAGACCCCCGCAAUGGCUACCGACGUGGCACGUACAUCAGCACCACAGGUGGAGGCUCAGGAGGAGCGCCUAUGGUCUUUGCGACUGAUUCAGUUGAAACGCGAAAGCAGCGGGCCGUGUUUGGUUCAUUGAUGCGCUCCACUGGCGUUCUUGGUCCCGGUGACUGGAUGUGCACAAUGCACGUAGUAGGGCAUCUCUACCGAGCCCUUGACCUCAUGACAGAGGUGUUCGAAGCCUCCGGCGCCACAGUGCUCUGCGCCGGAAACGAAAUGUCCCUCGAAAAAGUCGCCGAGACGAUUGCCCAAUACGACGUCAACGCUGUCGCCGGCGAUGCAGGGCAGUUGGUCCAGCUGGCGCGACACGUUGCCGGACUUCCAGACGCGCAGAAGCAAACGCUGCAGACGCAGAUCACCAAAGCACUCUACACUUCAGAGCCCAUGACACCCGCGCAGCGCAGCUUCCUGAAAUCCGUCUUUCCCAACGUCGACAUCUCCUCCGUGAUUGGCAGUGCAGAGGCCGGUCCGUGGGGAAUCUCAACAGGGGAGAUGACCGAGAGCGCUUCGCAGCACAAUUACGAAGACUUUUUAUAUGACGAUCGUCUCAUGCAUCUGGAAGUCUUCCCCUCUUCCAUCCUGGACCCAGACCACACAGACAAGACCCCGUCUGCACCUCUUCCAGACGGUGAAAAGGGCCUGAUGGUCCAGACCUCCCUACAGCGUCUCCGCAACCCUCUCUUGCGCUACAUCUGCGGCGACCUUGUCUCCCUUCACCCACUCCCCGAAUACAUCCAGUCCCAACUGACACCCCAAGAUGCAUCGCACUUGCGUGUCGCGCGCGUCUACGGCCGUGACCGAAACAUCAGCUUCGACUGGUACGGAGAGUACUUUGAAUUCCCAAACGUCCAGCGCUUGUUCCAGACCGAGUCCUGGGGAAUUCUUCAGUACCAGGUCAUCCGGCGGUAUCCCGAGGCGGACACGGAGGGUAUUAACGUUGUGCUUGAAAUCCGUCUGCUGCGAGAUUCAGGCGCAGGCAAGAUCAGUCAUUUCGAGUUGGCGCGGGAAAUCAAGCUUUUCUUCUUUGUAUUCGAGUGCAACGAGGAGCUGUUUGAGCUCAAGGUCUUGUCUGAUGCUAGUGGGUUUAUGCGCAGUUCGACGGGUAGGAAGGUGAUGAAUUUUGUCGACUUGACUAGCAAGUGA